AUGGCGGAGCGGGGAGCCUGGGGGCUGUGGGGGCUGUGGGCAGCGCUGGGCUGCGGGCUGUGGCUGCUGGCCGGCGGGCAGGAGCAGGCGGGCGGCGGGCAGCCCUGGAGGCAGCUGAUCCGGUGGGAGAACAACGGCCGCGUUUACAGCUUGCUCAACACCGGCGCCGAGUACGUACCGGCCGGGCAAGAGAGACCCGGAGGCAGUCGGUUGUUGUUGGCGGGAGCGACGAGCGGAGGAACGGGCAGCGUCCGGCGGCAGGCGCCGGGGGUCCCGCCGCGACCGGGCUCCGAGACGGUGCGGGGACAAACGCGACAUCCCUUCGGGUUCGGGCAGGUGCCCGAAAACUGGAGGGAGGGACCGGUGGGCGACAGCACCGCUUCGCAACGGCUCCGGCCUGCCAGCCGCUCCCGCCAGCCUUCCUCCUCCUCCUCCUCCUCCGCCGCCUCCGCCUCGUCCUUCGCCUACGCUUCUGUCGGGCAGCCGGCGUACCCCCAGUUCCCCCUCGCCCCCCAAUACGAGCCUUACGAGGCACCCCGGGCUUACGACGAGACCUACACCUAUUACCGUAGCACCGGCCCCGGUGGGGCUGCCGUGGCUUCGGCGGCGGCGGGGGCCAGCGUGGUGUACCCCUUCCAACCCCGGGCGCGCUUCGAAGACUACGGGGAGGAGCAGAGCCCCUAUAGAGCCCAGGGUUACUACCCACCGCCCGAGCGCCCCUACGUGCCCGCUGCCCCCCAGCCGGUCGACGGGUUGGACCGUCGGUACUCCCAUAGCUUGUACCACGAUCCCGGGGGCUCGCCGGAGCAGGGCAGCCCGGACUCGUACGCCAACCAGCAACCCGCUGCCGGUCACGGCAUGGCAGCCACGGAUAACCUCCAAGCUUCCGCCGGGAUGGGCUACGGAGCUCAGUACCCACCCUACGAGCCGCAGCCGCCGUUCCGGGCGCUGGAACCUUACGGGGUUCCUCGCCCCGAGCCCUACUUGCCAGCCAGGAGCCCCGAAAUGCCACAAGCUGUCCCCGAUAGCCAAGCCCGAGUCAGCGUGGGCAGCGUCUACAGGCCCAGCCAUGGCGGACGGGGUCUCCCUGACUUGGUGCCAGACCCCAACUAUGUGCAAGCAUCCACCUAUGUGCAGCGAGCUCACCUCUACUCGCUGCGCUGUGCCGCCGAGGAGAAGUGCCUGGCCAGCACUGCCUACACCGCCGAAGCCACCGACUACGACGUGCGGGUGCUGCUGCGCUUCCCGCAGCGGGUCAAGAACCAGGGCACGGCGGACUUCCUGCCCAGCCGGCCCCGCCACGCCUGGGAGUGGCACAGCUGCCACCAGCAUUACCACAGCAUGGAUGAGUUCAGCCACUACGACCUGCUGGAUGCCACCACGGGGAGGAAGGUGGCUGAGGGCCACAAGGCCAGCUUCUGCCUGGAGGACACCACCUGUGACUUUGGCAACCUGAAGCGUUAUGCCUGCACCUCCCACACCCAGGGCUUGAGCCCAGGCUGCUAUGACACCUACAACGCUGACAUUGACUGCCAGUGGAUCGACAUCACAGAUGUGCAGCCAGGAAAUUAUGUCUUAAAGGUUCAAGUGAACCCCAAAUACAUCGUCCUGGAGUCAGAUUUCACCAACAACGUGGUGAGGUGCAACAUCCACUACACCGGCCGCUACGUCGCCACCACAAACUGCAAGAUUGCCCAAUCCUGAUGGCAGCAGGGCCAGAGGGGGACAUCACCUGCCCUGACCUCUAUCCCCACCUCAACAAAAGUGCCUGAGCUGGCUCCUCUUGGCCCACUCCAGAUCCUAGAGCCCAGCAGCAGCUCCUCCUUGAACACCCCCCCAAAAAGAAAAACCAAACAAAAAAACUCCCAAACAACUCAUUUCAUGUUAAAAGGGAGGG